GUUUUUGAAUAAUAACACUUUUGCGACUAAGUAUUCAAUAUUGGCUCAUUUAGACGGGUCUAUAAUCUAUACUAACCAAGUACAGUUUAGAAAAAUAAUUUUAGUGGUUGUUACCUUGGUAGUUUAUGCAAAAUGUGUUCGCAAGAGUUAUGGUGUUAGCAAAAAGUAACAGGUUUUUCGACUAGUGUGGAAAGUGCGAUAUAUCGAGCAAUACUCGAGGAUAUAAGAUUCCAAGAUUUAAAAUCAAGUUUCUUAUGCAUGGAGUAGAAAUUUUUCGAAAUGGUGACAUAUGGAAAUUAAUUUUUGAUUAUUGGAAAAUCGUAUUUGCAACUCGUGAAGCUUCAUGAUGUAAGUUAUACUUGUGAUGAAAUUCUUAAUCUCAAAGAAGUUAAAGAUGGAGUCUGACGCCAGUUUUACCACAACAUUAUCAAAUGAAUCAAAUUCGGCCAAUGAAGAGUUCCCAUUCAAGACAAGAAAAUUUGUAAAUUCAUUAAAUGGAGUAACUGAACGCACCGCUAUCAGAAAGGUGUUUUUAGCGAACAAUUCACUAGCACUACAUGCUUUAGCAAAGGACAGACAAAAAAAGGACAAUCACAAUAUGAUUGAACGGCGAAGAAGAUUCAACAUAAAUGAUAGAAUAAAAGAACUCGGAACAUUAUUACCUCGACAUGAUGACCCGUAUUUCGAGUUAGUCCGUGACCUACGCCGAAACAAAGGAACUAUACUAAGGGCAUCAGUUGCUUACCUGCGUUGUCUCAAAAAAGACGCAUCAAGGAUACCUGUAAUGGAAGAAAAGCAAAGGCAUCUCGAAAUACAAAAUCGAAAUCUUUUAUACAGAGUCCAGGAACUCGAGAGAGAGCUUCAAGCACGUGGCAUACCAUUUACCUCUCAACAAAAUGAGCUUAGUUCUCCAUUAGAAACAGAAGUGUUAACAUAUAAACAAGAACAUGACGACCGAACAUUGAUUGAAACAAGCUGUACAGUAACAUCUGCCACCCCACCAACUAGUCCAAGUUCCGGAAUUUCAAAUAACAGCCCUUUCAGGGACUAUGAAGAUCUGAUAGCAGAUGAUAAUGAUGGACUUGUAACAGCCAAUGAUCCUCUACUGUGUGCAUCCCAAGAAACGUAUUUGCCUGAUUUCAUUUUAGUCUGAUUUCAUUUCAUAUAUAUCAAGAAUAGUAAAAGAGAGCAUUUUGUAUGAGCAGAAAUGAGUUUAAAAUAAAUUUGCAUUUUAAAGAAACAUUCAAAAA